AUGGGGCAUUCAACCGGACGGAAGACCAAGCAAACAACGUCUCGCUCGAGCCUCAUCCACACUCCUUCUUCACACACUUCUCUCUUCGAUGUCCUCUGUGCUUUUUCUUCAGAGAGCGAGCCAGGACGGACCUUUUGGACUCUCGCUCUUGGUCUUUGCUCUCUGAAAUUCUCCACUCAAUUGGCAACGUGCGCCAAGUAUCGCCAAGCAUCGCCAAGGAGACCGACUCGAGAUGAUGGAUUCCGUGGUAGAGACAGUCUCGAAACAAGAACCCGAUUCCGGACCCCAUCUUUUUGCUUUUCAGAUUAUGCAGUCGCGCAUUUUACGUUUCUCGCUCUCGCCGUCGUCGAUAAAAGUGUAAGAAGCCUCAUCAAAGGGAAGCACGAGGAAUCCGGGCCGGUAGUCGACCCCGCGUGUCACUAUCGAAAAGUCACACACCGUUCGGGAAUUCCACAGUGGCACAAUUCAAGCGGUGGAUAA